AUGGCAUCUGCACCACCUCUUGCAAAACACAAGGACCCUCCUGCUACUCCACUUUCUGAGCCUACACCCAAAAACCCCAGAACUUCGGCUUCCACACGACAAUGGGUCAGUGCUUCUACCUCUACCUCACAAGCCAAAUCUCCCUCCUCUAGCAAGAAGGAACCUUCAGUAGUGGCAAUACAGACUGGAUUCAGUUUGCCACCAUCUGACACUGCACAACCAGUAGCAGAUACAGGACCAUCUGCACAACCAGAGGCACAAUCUGCACCAGCAGUCCAACAGCCUUCUGUUGAACUUGCACCAUCUACUCAAUCUGCACAGGAUACCCCAGCAGAAUCUGCACAGCCAACACCAUCUGCAGCUGGACCAUCUUUUUCGACAGAUCGUCAUGAUCAACUCUUUAAUCUUGUUAUGGAAACCAGAGACAAGCAGAAAGAGUUAAAAGAGAUGAUGAAGCAGCUCAUGGCUUUUUGGGGUAUGCCACCUCCACCUCCAUCACCUCCUCUAGAACCACCCCUUCAGCAGCAGCCAGCUCCAUCCAGUCCUCUAGCAGCACCUUUGGACAAGGGCAAGACCAUAAAAAUAGAUUAG